ACGAGGGUCAUACGUUUAUUAUAGAACAUAAAAACACGGGUAUUUUUUUUAUUGUGUUUGAUUAUUUUAAAUAAUGUUCACAUUUACAAAGAACACCUACCGUGCAGAAACAAAAGCCUACUUAUGGUUCCCUGAGAAAAAAAGAUACAAGAUAAGUCUAAAUCAAACACUGAUUAACGUAUAAACUAUAAAAAUAAUACGUUAUAUUUUUACAAUAGCUAGGAAAUGUAUAAGCAGUUUAUUAUACGAAAUCAUAGUAGAAUACAAAUUACUUAAAGGAAAAAACUAAACGUCGCCCACUGUAACAGGAAGUGACGUUUCAAAUCAACAGUGACUGUUCAGCCGAAGAAAAGGUUGUGUAUGUGUGCUGUAUUUGCAUGAGUGCACGAUGGAAGGGUUGUACACACAUAGUGUGUAUCUGCUCCAGGAGCUGCAGGAACAGAGGAUUCAGGGGCUGCUGUGUGACUGCACGCUGGUGGUGAAGGGUGUGUGUUUCAAAGCACACAAGAACGUCCUCGCCGCAUUCAGCCCCUACUUCAGAUCCUUGUUCCAGAACUCUCCAGCAGUAAAAAACGACGUGUUUCAACUGUCUAUUCAGGAUGUAGGGGGCAUCGGACAGAUUCUGGACUACAUGUACACUUCUCACCUGGAGCUUAACCCGGACAAUGCGCACACACUGCUGCACAUUGCACAGAACCUACAGGUGUCUAACAUCAUUAACAUGUGCACUUCAUACUUAAAGGCAGUGACUCCGCCCCUUUCAAUGCCGGAUUGUGUCCUGGGGAGCCCUUUACCCACAGAGCCAGACUUCCAGAGCACUGUCUCCAGUGAUAUCACCAAUCCCAAUAUUCAAUACAGACGACCUCAACAGUUAACCCCGGUAUCAGUGGCCCCACCCGCUGGCAACCUGGAAGCGGCCAGUAGUCUUCCAGCUCAUGGAUGUAAGCUGAGGAACUUUUACAGCAGACAGUAUUUUAAAAAGGUGGCUGAGGAGCAGAACAGUAUGCAAGUUGCCAAUCAGAACCUUCAAAAGCCACCCACAAAUCCAGACAUCCAACCGCUGCAUUCUGUGGCGUCUGCGACGAGCAGUCAGACACCACCAGACGCAGGAAAUACUGCUGUGUCUCAAUCCACUGGUCCUGCGAUGUCACAGCCAUUACCGUGCUAUGCAAACGCCACUGUGCUGCCUACUUCAUCAUCACCACUAUCAUCAUCCACUUCCUGUUCUAAUACACCUGCACUUCCUGUUAGUGGAGCAAAAAGCACCGCUGUGUCUCGCACCAUGUGCCCUAAAAAGGCUGUCUACCUGAAGAAGUUUAAUUACCAUGUCUUAGAUGAUGGGGUGGAGCCCGAGAGUUUGAUUGAAAGCUGCAGUUCGGAAAGAGACCAACAGGUGGGGACAGAACGCAGGCCAGAACUCGUCAGCAUAGACGCGCCCACUGAGGAGCCAGCGGAGGAGCCCGACCCCAGGACGCUAACUAACCCCGCCCCACCACAGCAGCUGGAGGAGACGUGCUCUCAAAGUCAGGGGUCUGAAGGGUCAAAGGUCACAGAAAGGAGUUACAAGUGCUGCUGUGAAGUGUGUGGGAAAACUUUCAAACACCCCAGUAAUCUAGAACUACACAAACGCUCACACACUGGUGAGAAGCCGUUCCAGUGUAAUGUGUGUGGAAAGAAGUUUUCUCAGGCGGGAAACCUGCAGACUCAUCUGCGGCGCCAUUCAGGAGAGAAACCCUAUAUUUGUGAGCUCUGUGGAAAAAGUUUUGCUGCAUCAGGUGAUGUUCAGCGGCACAUUGUUAUCCACUCAGGAGCCCGACCUCACCUGUGUGACAUCUGUGGACGAGGUUUUGGCAACCUCAGUAAUCUGAAGGAGCACAAGAAGACUCACAGUUCAGAAAAAGAAUUUAUCUGCGAUCAGUGUGGCAAGUCGUUCAACAUGCAGAGAAAGCUAAUCAAACACACAAUGAGACACACUGGAGAGAAACCGUACUGCUGCCAGACCUGCGGUAAGUGCUUCGCCGGCUCAGGUGACCUCCAGCGGCACGUGCGUUCACACACAGGUGAGCGUCCAUACGUCUGUGAAACCUGCGGGAAAGGUUUUACGCGCACCGCGGUGCUACGCCGUCACCGAAACUCCCAUUGCAACGCCCAAACACACACUGCGGCCUCCACGGACACAGAUCCUACACACACCGUAACCUCAGUCACUCAGUCACCACACUCUCCACAUUCCCACAAUCAGACUGAACUCUGUGCUCUUCCGCAUCCCUCCUCUGCUCCGCCUCCUCCAGAAACUUCCAGACAACCUCUGGCCCCUCACGACGAUGCUUCCACUUCAUUCUUCUCCCCCCAAUCUUCUUCUUCUUCUUCUUCUUCCUCUUCAUCGUCUCUCCCAGAUCUGCGCUCUAGCGUUCCACAUCAUUUUAUAUCCAAGCCCCUUACUUUGAACUUGAAGGCUCCACCCCAUCCUCUAAAGCCCGCCCUCCACUCAGACUCGUCCUUUAGCUGGGACUCGCAAUGAGAACACGGUCUAAAACUCGUCCCCAUUUUUUCCACCAGUUUUACCAGUUCUUUAAGAUGAAUAAAAUGUUCAUGAAUGAUGUUUUUACACCAGAUCAUUGGAAAUUGGUAAAAAGUAAAAAUUCUGAUACCCAAAUGCUUUGUCUGUGGUUUCUUUUUUAGUGUUAAUUAAAUGAUGAGAACUAAAUCCUCCAGUUUAGAAGUGUGGUAACUGCAUGGCCAAGUUAUUACCAUGGCCACUAGAGUGCACCAUGUUCUUAAGGUCUUGACUGGACAUUAUAUGCUAAAGCAGAUAGAAAGUUUCUCUUCCUGAUUUUCUGUUACACACUGAUAUUUAAUCUGUCACUGCUAAGACUAAUUUAAUACUCCACAUCUGGGCCAAAAAAACAUAGUUGAUGAAGGAUGAUUUUUCAGCUGAUGUCAUGCUUGUUCUACGAUUUAAAACAAUUAUCUUCCGACUGCAAUGAUAGUAAUUUCAUUCAUUUCUAUUCUGCCUGAAAGUAUAAUCAUCUUUCAUCUUGUUAAUAUGCUGUUGUUAAGGACAACAAUGGCUUUUUUGUGCUUUAAUUCUGUUGUGUGUGUGGUAUGUGACCUUGCCUAUUUGAUCAAUGAACCUUCGUGUGUGUGUGUGUGUGUGUGUGUGUGUGUGUAAUCACUGCAGUAUCCUUUCUAUGCUACACUAAUUAACAUGAAUUUGAGAGCCAAUGUUAUCUUUAUGCUUCAGUGAACAGAGAAAUGAAAUUCAAUCUACUCAAGAACCCUGACGCUUGCCGGCCUAGAAAAUGAAGGGGUGAAUGGGUGGCAGAGAGUACCCUCAGACGACCAUGUUCAUGCAGGUAGGCGUGGUGAGCUCCAAAAUAAUUGGUCGGAGUGGUCAAGUUGGUUAUGGAAAAAUGUGAACAUGGUUAUGGACCUGCCUGCAGAAGUGUGCCAGUGUUUUCUGAGGAAGCUACAGAGACAGAAAUUUCUGCAAGGAUUAUUGUUGGUGAUUUGGAGAAAAUGGAGAUUUAAUUUAUUAGGUGUUUUCUGAAAAACAAUCAAACAAAAAACAGGAUACAAUUAUACAUCCAACAAACCUAAUAUUUAGUUAAAUAUUCCUAAGCAUGUUUUACCUUUAGCGGAUGCUUUGGAGUUCUGGUUGGACAUUUGUCCCCUUUUCUUGGCAUAAUUUCGUGUGUUGGUGGUUUCUUGGCAUGGACUUGACUUUUAAGGAUCGUCCGCCAAUCCUUGCUAGGGUUGCCGCAACCUGCCUUGAUGUAUGUUUGGAGUCAUUUUCCUGCUGGUCCUGAUGACUUGAAGCUACUGUAUUCUGAAGAAUUCUCAGGAUGUCCUCCUUCUUCAUUAUUUCAUUCUCUUUCUGUAAUGCACCAGAUCUGCCAGCAGCUAAUCAACCCCAAAAGCAUGAUUCCAACCAUGCUUGACAGCUGAUACCAUGUUUUUGCAGUCUUAUGUCUUAUACUUCUCUUCCAAACAUACCUCUGGUCAAACCAUUCCCUGGCCAUUUUUCUGCGUCCAUGUCGGCAACUGUAAACUUCAGACGAACUUGAAGGUCUUUUUGGAGCAGAGGUAUCUUUCUAGGACAGCAGGCUUUCUCUCCAUGGUGAUGUAAAACUCACUUGACUGUUGACGCUGACACUGGUGUUCUAGGAGAUUCCAGUUCAUAGCAGGACGCUGCCUUGGUGGUUCCUGGGUUGUUCCCCACCAUCUGAACAAACUUUCUCUCAGCUUCGGGUGACAGUUUGGGUCUUUUUCCAGACCUUGGCAAAGUGGCUACACCUCCCAAUAGCUUGUGCAUACGGUAUGUAGAAUUGUUUAACUAAUAAAAACGGCUCCAAGAGACAUUGCUGACUUGUGUAUUCGAAAUGCACUGAGCUCCUUUUACUGUGUGUCAGUCAAUCCAAUAAGUUCUAACAAACAAACCCUUUUUAUGCUGCACAAAGAAGCUACCAGCUGUAGUCAACCAUCAUCACAAACACAUUAGAAGACAGGUAGGGUUUAAACAUUUUUUUUUUUUUUUUUUUUAGUUUUUUUUAGGACCACUGAAUUAUUAACCUAAGUGGGUGUACACAUGGGUAUUUUUUUUUUAACAUUUAUGCAAAAGUUUUAUUUUGGGUUAAUAUCAGGAAACUCAAAAUAAUUUCAAUAUUGUGCUUUAAAUUCCUAGGGUCUUCUUCUACCAAAGAUGUGUGUAGUACAAUUAUUCUGCCACACAAAAAGACCAGCUGAAAGAAAUCAUAACAUCAUUUUUUCCUUUAAGGAACUAUUUUCUUGCCAUUCAGCAUCACA